AUGGCCGCGGAAUUUUUCCGUCCAACGCGUCCGGCGUGUCGAGAAGGUCGUGGAGGACUUGCAGGUAAGAUUUUUAAUUUUUUGUUUGUGAUUUAGGCUCGGAAGUUGACGAAAAUUUGACAGCUUUGUGGAUUGAUACCUAAAAUAAUAUAAAAAUGUUUCGCAAUUUGCAAAUUUUAGAUCUCAGUAUGUGCGAUGGUUAUUUUAUCAGCUAUUUGGAGCAUUUCCCGGCUUUUUAAUCAAGACCCGCGACUUUAGCAUCAAAAUUUCCAUCUAGUACAAUAUAAAUUUUCGCAAUUUUCAGCCCAAAAUCGCCACAAAUCCCAUCGGGAUCAAAACAAGUCCCGUUUCCAGUCGACUGAAAGCUCUUAUGUCUUUGACACUUUCCUUCGUCGAGUUCACAGAGAACAGCGACGAGAAGUGGCUCCGCCCCCAAUUCCCUCGGUUGAUAACGACAUUGUGCUUUCCCAAGCAUGGUUACCUCAGCUUGAAUACGCUCCAACUGAACGUCAUAAAGAGGAGGACGAGCUGGAACAGCUGUUUGCGACGCAAUUGGCUGAUGUAACACCAGUUCCGAAAAUUACCAAGGUGGGUGUUUAAAAUAAUAUUUUUUUGUGAUUUUUAGGUUGAAGUCUUUGUAAAAAUCGAUUGAUAAGGUACUAUAAGGUCUGCUCUUUCAGUACGGACGAUUUAAGUUUUAUUUCUUCGACGUCCGCGACCUCGGCGAGCCAAUCCGUCUGAUGUUCCACUACAUGAAAGAAAGCUUUGAAGAUGUUCGAAUUGCUGAUGCCGAUUGGCCGAAUGAACAACAUAGUAAGUGAUUUUCUAUUUGUUUCUCGCUUUAGACGUUAAAAUUGGACAAUAAAAGGAUCAAAAUUGGAGAUUUUUAUAUUGUACUAGGGAAUGCCACGGAUUUUUCGAAAAAUCUUAUAUUUUAUCGGUUAAAUUUGAAUUUCUUUGCUCUCAGAGUUCCCAUUGAAGACCCUACCGGCCCUGGAACAUGAUGGAAUGACAAUUCAUAAAUCUGCGGCGAUUGCGAGAUAUUUGGCCGAUAUUUUUGGUAAGGAGAAUAUAAUAAAAAUUUGAGAUUUUGCUCUCAAAAUUCGUAAAAGUGCCUUUCAAUGACAGCUUUUAGGUUUAAAAGGCAGGGAUCGACGGCAGAACGCGAUCAUUGACGAAUUUUUUGAGGUCCAUCUGGAAGCCAUGGCCGAAUUUCAUCCCUUUCUGAGAGCUGCCGCUGGAAUUGAUGAAGCGCAAAAGGUAGACUAUAAACCUCUUGAAGUCUUGUAUUUUUCUAUUUUUAGCAAAUUUCGUAUGAAGAAGUAGCUAUGUCAAGUGCAAAACGAUAUUUUCCAAUCUAUUCCCGAGUGAUUGGAAGGGAAAUGAGCGGAUUCAUCGUCGGAAAUCUACCAACCUGGCCCGAUUUUUAUGCCGCUGACUUCCUGGACAGAAUUUACACGGCUGAACCGAGGCUUUUCAACGAUUUCCCGGACUUGUUUGGGUAUUUCAAAGGGAUUUUGGGCAUGAAGAACAUCAGGGAAUAUGUGGAAUCGAGAAAAUUCAGUAUUUUGUAA